CUCAUUUUCUAACAAGUUUAUAUAUUUACUGCUAAUAUAUUACUGCUAUUUCAUCACAUUCUAUCGCACCAUCAUUUUAAUUGAAGCUCGGGCUCAACAAACAUCAACAUUUGGGAGCAAAACAGGACAAUGGCAACACAUAUAUUUUUUCUUCUUGGUUCAAUUAUGAUUUUGGUUGAUGCUGCCACAAGGAAACAACAAUCAUGCCAGAGAAGAAUUGCCAUAAUAAAGAGAGCUCUGAAGUCCAUACCUGUUGUUGAGAAGGAUUGUAAUAUAGAAUUUGAAUUGCCAUGUGAGCCUCCAGCUGUAGAGUCAGCAGUAUGGAGCACUUAUGUACGCUGGGGAAGAACAGUGUGUCCAGAUACAAAUGGAACAAGUGUCUUAUACAAAGAGGUCCCAUUCAAGGCAACCAAUGCUCCGGACACUAAUAAUCCUCAUUCCUUAACUGACCAUGAUGUUCCUUGUGUGGUGUGCCAGAUACCUCGGAACUUGGUAAUGAUACCAGCACUUCAUACAUGUCCAAAUGGUUGGAACAAAGAGUACAAAGGUUACCUAGUAGCAGAACACCAUGCACAUGCAAACAACAAAGCCUUUGAAUGUAUGGAUGAAGAACCAGAAACAAUUGAUGGGGGCCAUGAAAACAAAAAUGGUGCAUUGUUUCUCCCAGUUCAAGCUGUUUGUGGAUCCUUGCCUUGUCCCAAAUAUGUUAAUGGCAGGGAAUUGACAUGUAUAGUGUGUUCAAAGUGA